CUUUCUUGUGUCUUUAUUUUCUCUAGGUCCAGCUAGAUUGUGAGGGCCUAGCUCAAUCUUAUCUGGUGUAAUCUUCAGUGGCUCACUCCCAAUGUCAUCCACAAACGAAGCCGUCUUUCAUAGACGGAAUAAGCAAAUCCAGGAUGCCAUUGACGGCCAGAAUCUGAAACAAGCCUUACAGCUUAUUGAGAAGCGGAUGAAGAAGGGCGAAAACACGAGGUUUCUGAGGGCAUGGAGGGCACAUGUUCUCUUCCGUCAUUCCGACCAGACACAUUGCCAGAGAGGCGUCGCGGAGACACUCCAAUUAUGCAACAUGGAACCACCGACGACGGACCUGGAUACGUUGGACAUCCUCCACCAGACACUAGAGAGGAUGGAUGGGCAUGAGGGGACUCUGCGGGAUGUCUGGGAGAAGGCCGCCAAGACGAAGCCUCAGGACCUGGAAAUUCAAAUGAGGUGGUUUACAUAUGCCUUUGAGGAUGACGCUUGGAAGUCGGCGCAAAAGGCCGCCAUGAGUCUUCAGAGUAAUUUCCCAAAGACAAGGAACUACCACUUCUGGGCCAUUUUCCUGACCUACCUCGUUGCCAUUGACCCUUCUAGCUCAGACGCUGAGCGGAAACUCUUCGGAACUUUGGCUUAUCGGAUGGUCUCCAAGGCCGCUGACAGUGUCCCUUCCGAUCCGAAGGAGUUACUGAGCCCUCCUAGAGCUAUCCAAAAUGCGGAGGAGCUGUUCCUGCUUAUUCGGAUCUUUGAGUCCCAAGAUCGUCAUGCCGAAAUUGUGAAGAUUCUCAACAGUCCGAACCUCGGUCUCAGCUCCCGCAUCGUUCAGAAUGAUUGGUCUCUCAUAAGGGAAAAGGUACUCAGUCUGGAGAAGGCUGGACUGUGGGCUGAAGGUUUGUCCUAUGCAAGGGAGUUGCUUACCCUGCCCAGUGACGAGGCUGAGAGACGCGCUCUUCAAGAGCGCGAUGAUUGGACUGUAUGGAACUUGCUUGUUACUGCGACACGGAACUUAAAUGCUCUGGAAACAACUGCGGAGACACAGAAGUUUAUUGACGAGUUCAUUAAGCUUGAACCGAAAUCCCGCAAUGCACAUCUGGCUCUUCUGGAUUUGGUCCAAUGGCGAGUUCAAUCGACCAGCGUCAAGUCCCAAGACUUGGUAACAGCCUGCCAAGAGUACUUUGACCGCAACAGACACAAGCUGUACUGCUUCGGUGAUCUGCGAAAGUAUGUUACGACCUUGGAUAGGUCCGACUUACUGCAAAUUUUGGAGUAUACAGCUAAAUCUGUAGGAAAUGAGGAUGAUAGCCAGGAUAAAAACAAGGGCGUCCCGAAGAUCAAUGCCCUGAAAUUGGAGUACUGUUUUCUCCUACCAUCCGCGGAGGACAGUGCUUUGAAGCAGCGAACAGAGGGCUUUGUUUCCCGGUGUCUCCAAGCUUACAGAAAGACAGCACAUCCCGCGAAACCGAAGGACGGAAAUGAAGCCUCAUCCACGAUUGAGAGUCAACCGGGUGAUGACCUUUGCCUCCUUGCUGCUAUGAGUUUGAUUCGUUUUAGCGGAACGUGGCAUAAUGGCAACCAAGAGGUUGUUCCAGAUACCGCGUUGAUCCGCGCUGCCGGCAUUCUGGAGCGUCUCCUUCUGGAUUCACCUCACAAUUACCAGGCUUUGCUUCUUCUUGUGCGUAUCUACCUUUGUCUUGGUGCAGGAUCUCUGGCCUUGAAGACAUUCAGCAAAUUGUCUGUCAAGCAGUUGCAGUAUGAGACUGUUGCGCAUAAUCUCUUCACGCGCUUGGCAACCAUCCACCCACAUUCAGCACCUCCCACUGAAGGUGCGGAGUUCAAGGAUUUUAAUCCACAAUCUGCAUUUGUACAAGCGCUCAACUUCUUCCGCAAUGCGGGUUUUUCGACUCUCAGAAGCAGGACCGGUGGCUUGGAUCACGGAAGCUAUGUGAAUGUAAAAGGAUGUAUAGAUCUUCAACGACUAUUGAAAGAUAGCAUCUGCCGCAGAAUGUGGGCGCUAGAUGUCAGGCGAAUGCAGAGGCUUGUUGGUGGUGAUCCCAUGAGCCGUUAUGAUGAACUAGCAAAAGAUACUUCAUCAUUGACGGAUCAGCGAGAUUUCAGCGCUUUCAUGAACUGCGAAGCGCCUGGUAAAUUAACUGUCGAAGAACGCGUACGACUGGGGCCGUUACCUCGAGAUCAAUGGAUAAAAUCAGCUAGGCUCACAGACCAGCUAUUCAGUCUCUUGAAGAAUAUAGCUAUCCAGAAACCGCCGACCUCUGAGAUCGACCCCCCUUCCGUAGAUGACCUCGUGGGAUCAGACAUGACAGUGGCAGAGGUUGAAAGUGCCAAGGCUAAUCUUAAUCUUCUGAAAACAGCUUCUUUCAUCAGUGGCAGCAAGUCCGUAACCUCAGAAGAAGCCAAUAAGUGCCUCGCCGAGACGGAGGAGUGGCUGGUAUCUAAAUCGAAGCAUUUUUCUUCUUCAACCUUCCUCUCAGAGACGGCGAUCUCCAUACGAUCUAAGAUCCCAUCGGCUCCGUCUUGGAGAUAUUUCCAUGAAAUUUUCUCCGUCUUGGAAACCCUCAAGGCCGCUUCACAGUUGGCAUCUCUUUCCUCCAAGAAGGCCUCCAAAUCCGCAACGUUGCCGAAGGAUCGUGUUGAACGAUUAGUCACCGUAACUCGCGAGAUCUACGAGACCAUUAGAUCAAGCGUUCAUACAUUGAAGUCGCGUAUUUCCGAAUCCGGCACACUUGGCGCAUUAAUCGAUCUCGUCCUGGCGGGAGAAGAUAGCACUGAUGGCCCAGAGGACAAGCAACUGCGAAGUGAGCUAGAGGCUACGCUGGAUACGUCUGCGCUGGAACUGUUUUGUGGGUCUUUGAUGGAGAGCUGGGAGGAGAAUCUCGAUGGGGUUUUGAAAGUACGCCUCUGACGUACUGAGGUGCGAGUGCCUGGUGUUAUGAGAACAUAGAUUGCAUAUAGUAAAUGUAGAAAAUGAUGUGUUGGAAAGCGUGUUUCUAAUUGAUUCUGUACGAGCGGCUCAAAAUUGAACAAACGUUCUGAACAAGUCUUAUGCACAAAAUUCGAUGAAAUUCCUGCGUGCGUCU